CAGUGAGCCCAAGUCAAGCAAACACGCCAGAGAUAAUUCUAGCGCCAUACACAGCAUAAAUAUAAACCAACACACUACUCGCUGUCGCGCGAGACUGAGUUUGACUGCCAACACCAACUCAACAUGGCUGUGCGGGCUCGCCCGAGCUUGCUGACUUUUGCUGAGACAAUUUGAGCAUGCAAGUAAGAUCCUGGCGCUGAGCGCAGGCAUUCCUAGGGCGCGCGGCUCAGAAUUGCGCGCAAAGAUGCGCAGCGACACCGAUUCCUCUUCCGGCCGACCUCUCGGCUGGUCCAGAGAUGAGGAGGAAGUGCAUCAUCACGGCGCAGCGGCCAGCUCGCGACUCGGCACCGCGGGUGUUGCGCCCGCACCAUGCGGGACGCAAGGCGCAGCUGCUGCCCACCACAGCGCCAGCGUCGCAGAUGCCGGCGGCGAGGAUGACGGCCGAGUCUGGGAUUGGGAGGGCGACGAGGCAGAGGAGGACGACGGCGGCUUGGACGAAGUGCUGCAGGCCGCCGCGCGCGGCUGCCGCCUUCCCACCCUCGCCUCCUUCCAGGUCACGGUGCACCUCGCAGCCCCAUUCCAUUCCAGGAUCAGGUGAGGCUCCAGAUGCGUGCGAUCGUGCAGGCCGAUGAGAUCGGCGGCGGCGGCAGCGGCGGUGGUGGCGAGGGGCGAAUGGAACCGGGUCCUCCGCGCCGCUGCUGGCGGCGGCGUCUGCUCAACAGCGGGUGCCGGACACGCAAAGCGGCAUGGUGGCGGCAGCGGCGGCGGCGGCGCAGCAGCAGCAGGCCGGAGGAGACGGCGGUGUCGACGAAGCAGCGGCGGCCUCCGCGCAUCCUGCGGGCGCGGCUGAUGCCCCGCUGGCGGCCAUGAACACUGUCAGCAACAGCAGCGGCGGACGCGACGAGGGCGACGCCAUGGCGGUGGCGCCAGCCGCGAAGGGCGUGGCCGCAGCGGCUGCGGCGGCGCCCGGUGGUGCGGCUGUGCCCCAUGGAAUCAGGGGCGGCGGCGGAGGAGGAGGGGGCGGCGGCGGCCACCAUGGCGGACUCGCACUCGCCCGCUGCCUCCGGAACCUCCGCCGGCGGGUCCACCAAGUCGCCCGGCACAGCUGGGCCCGCGGUCGCGGCCGGGCUGCCAGCGGCUGCCGUGCCCACUGCCUCUCGCGUGGGCGGCGCGGCGCACACGGGCAGUGGCGGUGGCCCCAAGCGUGGCCGUGCGGCCUCCGGCAGCGGCGGCGGCCGCGGCAGCGGCAGAGGGCAUGGAGGCGGUGGCACUGCGGGGCCGGCUGCUGGCGGGGGAGGAGGCAAAGGUGCGGCCACGGGCCGGCCAGGCCCGGCGUAGGGCUGUCUCCCUGGUCAGCGGCGGCAGUGUGCGGUCGGCGCGCAUGCAGUUGUGUUGUUGAUGCUGUGACGUUCGUUUCAUCAUUGGCGGGAGAGAAAUAGAACGGACAAGGCAGGGAGUUAUCGGCAGCGGUGUGUAUGUUUGCUGGCGUGCUGGCACAGCGCGGCACCAAGAGCGGCAACAGGCCUGCAGUCAAGCACGGAGCUGUUUUGCGGUGGGCCGUCUGGCAGUAGUUGGCAGGAUUGUAGGGCAUGCGUGUGAAGCAAGCCGGAAGAUUCUGGCCCGGGCCCGCAAGUAUCGCAUGUCCGUAACUCUCCUGAAGCUAAGCCGGGCCAUCACCUUGACCAUGGCAAACAGCAUGCCCUUCACGGUCUCAACCUGAGCAGGCUCAACCUUAGCAGGCAUAACCCUGUUUACGUGUGCGUGUGUGUGUAACUAAACCCGUAC